UGUCAGCCUGCAUAAAUAGGCAGCACACCAGUCGUAGCCCGCACACGGACCCCCAGGCUGAAACUGUCCACCUCGCCUGAGCUCUGCCAUGGCCAUGGCUCAGUCACUGGUCCUGAGCAUCCUUGUCCUGGUCCUGGCCUUCUGCAUCCUCCAGGUCCAAGGCAGUGAUGGAGGGGCGCAGGACUGUUGCCUCACGUACAGCCGAAAGGAGAUUCCCGCCAACAUUGUCCGCGGCUACCGGAAGCAGAACAUAAGCCUGGGUUGCGCCAUGCCAGCUAUCCUGUUCUCGCCUCGGAAACGCUCUCAGCCAGAGCUAUGUGCAGACCCUAAAGAGGCCUGGGUGCAGAAACUGAUGCGGCGCCUGGACAAGCCAUCAGCCCCACGGAAACCAGCCCAGGACUGUAAGAAGAACAAAGGGGCCACCAAGUCUGGCAAGAAGGGGAAGGGUUCCAAAGGCUGUAAGAGGACUGAGACCUCAAAAGGGCCAUAGCCCAGUGACCAGCCCGGAGCCCAGGAGGUCCCCACCAGUCUCACCAGGGCUUGGAGCCCCAACCAAAGGGACAAGAGAAGCUAGGAGCGAGGGAGGACUUGGGGGCCCCAGAGCAGCCACUUCAUGCUGGCCUUGCCUCACCCCUUCUCCAGUUUCAAUCACCCCUUCUGUAUUCCCACCCUAUCCUGCAUGGCUGCACUGCCCACAUCAGGCCAGGCCUAGAGAGGCAGAGAAGGGCAUGUCCCCUAGGAAGUGUGAGAGGCGGCAGCAGGACUGUCCCCUCUGAGGAAAGGCCACCCAGGGUCCUGGACCUGGCCCUGCUCCACACUACACACCACCCAGCUCUCUUUUCUUUGUAAAUAUGACUUAUACCCAACUAAAUAAACAGCCAUUCUGGCCUUCUUCCCGUG